AGGGAUCGGAAGUAGAUGGGAAUGACGUAGGAUCCCGAUAAUCUAAACCAGGUCCUGGAGGCAAACAGCAUGUUUUAGUUGUUUACCUGCUUUAACACACCUGAUUUCAAUCAGGUGAUUAGCAAGCUUCUGCAGCUUAAUGAGCUGCUGAACAGGUGAUUCAAACAUAGAAUCAAAGUUGUUGGAGCAGGGAAACAACUAAAACAUGCUGGAAACCGGCCCUGCAAGACCAGGAUUGAGAACCACUGGAAACCAUUGGCUGUUAAUAUAAGACAAGGCAGCUUUAUUUAUGUAGCACGUUUCAAACACAGGGCAAUUCAAUGUGCUUUACAAUUAGCAUAACAACAAACAAACAUACCCUCUGUUCAAGCCAUAUGUCGAUGGUUCAAUCACCUGUAGGUUUCUGAAGAGCUGAAUUCAAGCACAGUGAGCAGUUCCCACCACCAUCUUGGCUGCGUCAUGUAUCUUGUCACUCCUGGAAAAAUACAAAAAUGGAGCUCAGAGUGAGGCUCUGAAUGUGGGGGGAGAUGAUUGAUACCCAUCAAAUUCUGAGCUGAUGUUGCUACGAGCUAACUGAGCUAACAAGAGCUUACAGUUUGGCGGGCGCUUUUAGCCGGAAAACAGCGAUUGAGGGACUUUGUAACAUUUUUUACGUGAGUCCGAGGCUGAGGCCGUCCUUGGAGCAAGCAGGGGCAAUCCGCUAGUGCUAACGCUAACACCGACCUGCUACCUGUCAAUAAAAUAGACACUCCCCUAAGUAUUGAUCAUUUCAAAAUUUGAUUGCUUCUACUUGGAUGAGUUACAAACAAAAUGUGAAUAGAUGGUAAAAGUUGAAAAAUAAAAUGGGAUAAAAUCUGGUAGCUGCAUCUUAAUAUAAACUGAACUUUUUUGCUUUUGCUUUGACUCUGGCUGUAAAUUUGUGUUUUAUAAAUAAACAUAAUUUAAUGCAUUUAAUUAAAUUUUAGAUGCAAGCCAACCAGGUAAUUGAAAUUAGUUUCCAUUCAGAUUUCUGACAGAAGUCCUCACACAAAGCGUUUUAUCACAACCAGAUGUGCGCGCCACAGACGCCUCGGAUUGAAUUCCUCAGACGAAAGCUUCAGCUCUGAGACGUGCUUGCUACACAUUUUGUUUUCAGCAUCUUCUUGAUGAAUGACCAUACAAGUCUCCCUAAAUCUUUACUCUUUCUUUGGGGUGGGGGAGUGUGUGUGUGUGUGUGUGGGGGGGGAUUUGCGGAUUAGUACCCCACCUCCUUAGGAAAAACAGCACACUUAGUACCAAACAUCAGUCCAGGAUUGCAUUUGCGCACCAUGAAACGUUUGUUUUUGCUGGUUGUGUGUCUGCUCCUGCAGCAGAGACAAACCCGGAGUGAUGAGGGGACGAGCUGCAAGCCAGUGACAGCAAGUUUUUGUCAGGGUCUGGGAUACACUUCCUCUCCCUUUCCAAAUGGAGCCCAAGGCUUUAGCCUGCGGCAGAUUGGUCUGAUGGUGGAGACGGCUUGUUCGCCACACAUCGCCACGCUCAUGUGUCGUGUGGUUGUACCCGAAUGUGGCUCAGAGAAUGAAAGCAGGAAGAAACCGUGCCGAGCUCUUUGUGAGGAGGUCAAGAGAGACUGUGACUCCACUCUGAGGGCAAAGUGGUUGUUCUGGCCUAUGAGGCUCCGGUGUGACGCUUUACCAGAGUCUAACUGUGUUCAGGGCCAAGUAAUCCCCGUUACUCAAGCUUCCCCUGUGACAUGUCAGCCAAUCACUGUCCCUCUCUGUAACGACCUGCCGUACACAGAGACCAUCCUGCCAAACACUUUAGGGCACAGCACUCAGCAGCAGGCAGGCACGGAGAUGCAGAAGUUUGCCCCGCUUGUAAGAGUGGGAUGCUCCCCUCAUCUGAAACGUUUCCUGUGCUCAGUCUACACCCCUAAAUGUGUCUCAGGCAGACCUCAGCCUCCCUGCAGAACUCUGUGUGAACAGGCCCGGUCUGGUUGUGCGUCAGUGAUGAGCAGUUAUGGCGUCCAGUGGCCUGAAACUGUGAGGUGUGAGGCUUUUACCACUGAGUCCUGUGAGCAGAUUGUUCCUCAACAGGUACAAAUGAGGAUUAAUGAGAGGACAACUUGCAAACCAAUAGCAGCAAGCUUUUGUCAGGGUUUGGGAUACACUUCUAGUCCUCAUCCGAGCGGAGCUCAAGGCUUCACCCUGCAGCCGAUUGGUCAGAUUGUGGAGACGGCCUGUUCUCCAAACGUCGCUACGCUCAUGUGUCGUGUGGCUGUGCCUGAAUGCAGCUCAGGGGAUGACAGCCGGGUGAAACCAUGCCGAUCUCUUUGUGAGAAGGUCAAGAGUGAGUGUGAAUCUACUCUGAGAGCGAAACGACUCUCCUGGCCAUCAAAGCUCCGGUGUGAAUCUCUGCCUGAGUCCAACUGUGUUCAGGGUCAAACAGUAACUGUCACACGUGCCCCAACAGGAACAUGUCAGCCGAUCACCGUCCCGCUCUGCAAAGACCUGCUUUACACAGACACCGUCCUGCCAAAUAUUCUAGGUCACAGAACUCAGGAGGAUGCAGGCCUGGAGGUGCAUCAGUAUUUUCCUCUUGUAAAAGUGGAAUGCUCCCCUGACCUUAAGCCCUUCCUGUGUUCGGUCUUCACACCCAAAUGUGUCUCAGGAAGGCCUCAGCCUCCCUGCAGAACGCUGUGUGAGCGGGCUCGAGCCGGCUGUGAGCAGCUGAUGAACAAGUUUGGCGUCCCGUGGCCUGAGAGCAUGAAGUGUGAAGCCUUUACCACAGAGUCUUGUGAAGACGCUUUGAUCCCCGGCCCUACUGAAUCAUCCAAAUUAACAUGUCAGCCCAUCACCACUUCUUUCUGCAAAGACCUGCCGUACUCAGACACUUUGCUGCCCAACGCUCUCGGUCACAACACCCAGGAGGAGGCUAACCGGGCUCUGAGUGUGUUUUUGCCACUUGUGCAGUAUGGAUGCUCACCUCAUCUGAAGCUGUUCCUGUGCUCUGCCUACUUUCCCAAAUGUGUGUCAGGAAAAGCACAGCCUCCCUGCAGGACCCUAUGUGAGCAGGCUCGGUCGGGCUGUGAGCAGCUGAUGAACAGGUUUGGUCUGAACUGGCCCGAGAACCUCAAGUGUGAAGCUUUUACCACAAAUUCAUGUGAACAAUACGGCGUGAGCAGCAGCGGGGCAAUCUGCGAGCCCAUCACCAUACCGAUGUGCCAGGGUCUGUCCUACAACCAGACCGUCUUUCCCAACCUUCUGGGACACACGAGUCAAGUCGAAGCGGUCAGCAAGAUGUCCUUUUUCAGCUCGCUGGCGCAGACCAUGUGCCCGGCGGACAUUCAGCUGUUCCUCUGCAGAGUUUACGCCCCCCAGUGUGUGGAGGGGCAGGUGCAGCCGCCCUGCAGGUCGCUCUGUGAAAAGGCCAAAAGGAACUGUGAAGGUUUGAUCAACAGCUUUGGAGUCUUCUGGCCAGAUGAGCUGCAGUGUUACACUUUCCCAGAGGAAAUGUGUGUUUCCGAAGACGACAGGAAGGAAAUGCUAAGAGCAGAAGGCGUCCUUGCUAAACUAAAUGCUGGCGGCUACACUGUUCAUGGCAAAUCCCUAUCUCUGAAGACGGCACGCCUGCUGUUAACUCUCAUGGACGCUGAUAAAACAGGAGACCUGGACGUGGUGGAGUUUUUCAAACUGGAGCAUCACGUGGCUGUGAUCAGGAGAGAAUAUGUGGGGAACUACAACAGCAGAGAUCCUAAUGCUGUCACAAAACCACAACUGAUGAAGGCUGUCGCUGAUCAUGAUUUUGAUUUGGACGAGGAAACCUUCAGAGCUCUGUGGUAUGAGUACAGCGCCGAGGGUGGGAUCGACUACGACAAAUAUGUGGCAGCUCUGACAAAACUUCAAAUUCUCAAAGAUCGUUUUAAUUCCCAUCUGCUGAAUUUGUCCUGUGACUGUAAAAUUGCCAGCUUUUCAUUCAAACAGUUCAUGAAGUCAACAAUAAUCUGAGGAUCAUCAAAGAAGCUCAAAAUUAAACUGAAACAUUUUAUUGUAACCCCAGGAAUCAGUUAUGACUAUUUGUUUUUGAAUUGCCAAAAAUUUCUUAUGAGUUCAUAUUUUUUUACUGGGAAAAAAUAAAAUAAAUCUUCUAAAUGAU